CUCUGUUUUAUCACAAAUAAUCGCUUAUUCAUAAGGAGAAGGAGCGAGCCAUGACAGGUUACGCUGAUGAUGGAGUCCCUGCAAAAUCGUCUCCGAAGCAUGAAACCAACAUCGACCUCACAGGGGAUGAAGAAGAAAACGAUAGCCCAAUCGAGCAGGUUAGGCUGACGGUUUUACCGACCGACGACCCAACACAACCGGCCUUGACAUUCCGAACAUGGUUUCUUGGGACAAUAUCAUGUGUCAUCCUUGCUUUUGUGAACCAAUUUUUCGCGUACCGCCAAAAUCAGCUAUCGAUUUCCUCAGUCUCAGCACAAAUUCUUGUGCUCCCAGUGGGGAAGCUAAUGGCUGCUUGGCUUCCAAAGACGGUAUUUCGAGUCCCACUCACAAAAUGGUCUUUCUCACUCAAUCCUGGGCCCUUCAGUCUGAAAGAACAUGUUUUGAUCACUAUCUUUGCCAGUUCCGGAGCCGGUGGGGUCUAUGCCGUUCAUAUUCUCACCAGUGUCAAGGCUUUCUACCACAGGGGACUCCAUCCAGCAGCAGCCUUCCUGUUAUCACAAACCACUCAGAUGCUUGGUUAUGGAUGGGCUGGACUGUUCAGAAAAUACCUUGUUGACUCUCCUUAUAUGUGGUGGCCUGCAAACCUUGUCCAAGUCUCUCUAUUCAGGGCAUUGCAUGAAAAGGAAAAGAGACCAAAGGGAGGACAUACAAGGCUGCAAUACUUCUUCUUGAUUUUUGUAACAAGCUUCGCUUACUACCUCAUCCCAAGCUAUCUUUUCCCUUCAAUAUCAUAUCUCUCCUUCGUUUGUUGGAUUUGGAAGGACUCCAUCACUGCCCAACAGAUUGGUGGAGGCGUCCAUGGCCUUGGACUAGGCUCAAUGGGGUUUGAUUGGUCCACCGUUGCUGGCUUCUUGGGCAGCCCUUUAGCCACUCCUGGAUUUGCAAUUGUCAAUACUUUAGUGGGAUUUUUUGUGUUUGUCUAUAUCGUUAACCCCAUUUUCUAUUGGACUAAUGCAUAUGACGCUAAGAAGUUCCCUCUCUUUUCCUCUCACACUUUCGACCAUGAUGGCCAACGCUACAACUUAACCAGAGUUCUUGAUCAGAAAACUUUCGGUAUUGAUUAUGAAGCUUACAACAGUUACAGCAAACUUUAUCUAAGUAUCUUUUUUGCCCUCUCUUAUGGCUUGAGCUUCGCAACUCUAACGGCUACUAUUUCACAUGUUGCCCUCUACAACGGAAAAACAAUUUGGCAACUGUGGAAGAAGACAACAACUGCAGCAAAAGAUCAUCUCUCGGAUGUGCAUACAAGGCUGAUGAAGGCGAACUAUGAACAAGUCCCUCAAUGGUGGUUUCAAGUCAUCUUGCUGUUGAUGGUGGGUCUUAGCUUAUAUGCUUGUGAAGGUUUCGGCCAGCAGCUCCAACUCCCUUGGUGGGGACUUUUACUAGCCUGUGGCAUUGCAUUGUUUUUCACCUUACCCAUCGGAGUUAUUCAAGCCACAACAAACCAGCAACCAGGGUUAAAUGUGAUUACAGAGUUGGUUAUUGGGUAUCUUUACCCAGGGAAGCCUCUAGCUAAUGUGGCUUUCAAGACCUAUGGCUAUAUUAGCAUGUCACAAGCACUCUAUUUUCUGAAUGACUUCAAACUAGGUCAUUAUAUGAAGAUCCCUCCAAAAUCCAUGUUUAUCGUACAGUUAGUUGGAACAUUAGUUGCUUCAAGUACCUAUUUCGCCACAGCAUGGUGGCUUCUCACAAAUGUUGAAAACAUCUGUGAUGUAACAUUGUUGCCGGAGGGGAGUCCAUGGACAUGUCCCGGCGAUGAUGUUUUCUUCAAUGCUUCGGUCAUAUGGGGAGUCAUAGGCCCGCUCAGAAUGUUCACAAGUCAGGGUAUCUACCCAGGGAUGAACUGGUUCUUCCUCAUUGGCCUCCUAGCCCCUUUUCCCGGCUGGAUACUUUCCCGCAAAUUCCCCAACAUAAAGUGGUUUAGGCUUAUACACGCGCCUAUCAUCCUUGGAGCUACAUCCGCCAUGCCACCGGCUAGAGCGGUGAACUACUUGGCUUGGGGAGCCGUCGGAAUGUUCUUUAACUUCUAUGUUUACAGAAGGUUCAAGGGAUGGUGGGCUAGACACAACUACAUCUUAUCUGCUGCUUUAGAUGCUGGGGUUGCCUUCAUGGGAGUUAUCCUUUUCUUCACCCUUCAAAGCCGGGAUAUUAUCGGUCCAGCCUGGUGGGGUUUGGACAGUGAUGACCAUUGUCCAUUGGCUAUUUGCCCAACGGCACCCGGGAUCCAGGCCGAGGGGUGCCCUGUUCUAUGAGAUGUCUUCAAGAAAUCCCCAUGACCAAGGGUUAGGUAUUGCACAUGCUGAUAAAGGUCAAAGGUGAAGCUGUAGAAUUAAAAUAUUUGAAAUAUGUUGCUUCAUUUAGGGAUAACG